AUGUGGUUUGGUGAACGAGUAAACAAACUGAAUAAGAAUGGACAACCAAAGUUUGGGAUGUGUUGCAUGCAAGGAAAAGUACAAUUACCUUUACUUAAGCGUCCACCACAACUUUUGGAAGAUCUAUUGAAGAAGCGACAUAGUAGAAGUGCACACUUCCUUGAUAAUAUUAGAGGGUAUAACAUGAUGUAUUCGUUCACUUCUAUGGGCGGUAGAGUAAUUGCACCAACUACCCAUGGUCGUGGUCCAUAUACAUACAAGAUUGGAGGUCAAAAUCAUCACUUGAUAGGCAGUUUGUUGCUGAACGAUGGAGCACGUCCUAAAUUCUCUAAACUAUACAUAUAUGUCACUGAAGACGAGGUUCACAAUAGGAAGAAUGUGACAAGUUCUAAAGACCCUAAUAAAUUUGAAGAUCGUGUCGUUGCACAAUUGAAGGAUAUGGUUGAUCAACAUAACCCAUUGGCCAUGAGUUUUAGAAUGGCUAGAGAUCGUUUUGAAUCAGACAACUGCGAAGACUUAAAACUUAGGCUAAUUGGAAGAAGGGAUUCUGAUGGAAGGACUUAUAACCUUCCAGCAACAUCUGAAGUGGCCGCGCUUAUAGUCGGAGACAUUGAUACAACAGAUAAGAGGGAUAUAGUAGUCCAAAGGAAAAAUGGAAGAUUACGGCAGAUAUAUGAGCUUCACCCAUCGUAUUUACCAUUACAAUAUCCAUUAAUUUUCCUAUAUGGGGAAGAUGGAUAUCGAGUAGAUGGUAUGCAUAAAGAUAAGAUCGCAUCAAAUAGUUCUACAAAUAAAAGAGAACGACUUACUAUGCGCGAAUGGUUUGCAUACAGAAUGCAAGAUCGUGAACAAGAAGCCGAUACUUUGUUAUUAUGUCGUCGGUUGUAUCAACAAUUUUUGGUUGACGGCGGACAUAGCUUCAUGAGAGAGAACUAUCAGGAUGCAAUGGCCAUUUGUAGAUGGUAUGGUUACCCAGAUUUGUUCAUAACCUUUACAUGUAAUGCUAAAUGGCCAGAAAUAAGCAGAUUCGUUCAAAAAAGGGGACUUAGACCCGAGGACAGACCGGAUAUCAUCUGUGGAAUCUUUAAGCUGAAGCUCGACCAAUUGGUUAAAGACCUAAAGGAGAAUGAGAUAUUUGGCCGAGUUAAAGCUAUUGUUUAUACAGUUGAGUUUCAAAAGCGUGGCCCUCCCCAUGCUCAUAUACUUCUUUUCCUGCACCCUGCUAACAAAUAUCCACAGGCAAGCGAUAUUGGUAAGAUUAUAUGCGCUGAGUUGCCAGAUCCAAUUGAGGAUCCGGAUUUGUAUGAGACUGUUACAGAAAUGAUGCUACAUGAUCCAUGUGGUUCCUCCAACACUAAUGCACCUUGCAUGGAUCAAAAUAAGUGCAGAAAGCAUUUCCCUAAAAGAUUUAUUGACGAAACAAAGGUUGAUGAGGAAGGAUAUCCAGUUUAUAGAAGAAGAGAUAACGGAACCUCGGUUGAGAAGAACGGAGUGCAUCUUGAUAAUAGGUUUGUUGUUCCUUGUAAUCCACAACUGCUUCGUAAAUAUCGUGCGCAUAUCAAUGUUGAAUGGUGCAAUCAAUCCAGAUCGAUAAAGUAUUUGUUCAAGUACAUAAAUAAGGGUUACGAUAGAGUAACUGCUGCUGCUUAUCAAAACAGAAAAAGUUGUGAUGAUCCACAAAAGAUUGAUGAGAUUAAAAUGUAUUACGACUGCCGUUACAUAUCUGCUUGUGAGGCAGUGUGGAGGAUAUAUGGAUUUCCUAUUCACCAUCGAACCCCUGCUGUUGAGAGAUUGAGUUUCCAUCUACCUGGGAGCAAGAAUUCGUCUACACUGACCUGA